GGAAGUGGGCAGGACUAUAUAACCUGGCUACCUUUAGAGACCCCCCGUCGGGUGAAAUUCAGCUGGUUCUAUCCAGCUCAGGCGAACUGGUAGCGGCAGCUGCGGGAGGCUGGCUCUGCCCACCCGUGCAGACGUCAUGACGUUGCUUUUUUGUGUCAUUUUAAGCCUCUGCGCAUGUGCAGACAGCGCAAACAAACCAGUAGGGAAAGCAAGUGAAUUUCACCCCUGCCCCCACUCACUCCUGACUUGUGGAGGUGGCUCCGGAGUGGGGCGUGGGUGGCUCCGUGCAGCAGUGGCCGCUUUGCUGAAGGGGGGACAUUUUUGCCUGACUUGUAGCAAUACAUGGCCUCCUCCAGAAGCCGCUGCUCGACCCAAAUAAUCCUGGAUUAUUCUCCACCAUUCUCCACCUUCCUUCUCGAGGGAAGCCAUCGAGAAGGGCGAAGCCUGGAGUUCUGCCUGUUCCUGCUCGGCUUGGCGAUCCCAGCCUUUGAGGGCUGUCCCAGCGACUGUGUCUGCUACCCAUCGCCCAUGACGGUCAGCUGCCAGUCACACAACUUCCUGACCAUCCCCGAGGGGAUCCCGGUGGACAGCGAGCGCAUCUUCCUGCAGAACAACCAGAUCUCGCUGCUGCUGCGUGGCCACUUCAGCCCCUCCAUCGUCACCCUCUGGAUCUAUUCCAACAACCUGACCUUCAUUGACCCCGAGGCCUUCCGCGGCUUCAGCCGCCUGGAGGAGCUGGACCUGGGCGACAACCGGCACCUGCGGGAGCUGGCGGCUGAGACCUUCCAGGGGCUGGUCCACCUGCACGCACUGCACCUGUACAAGUGCGGCCUGAGCACCCUGCCCAGCGGACUCUUCCGUGGCCUGCAGAACCUGCAGUACCUCUACCUGCAGGACAAUCACCUGGGCUAUCUGCAGGAGGACCUCUUUGUGGACCUGGUCAACCUGAGCCACCUGUUCCUGCAUGGCAAUCAGCUCCGGAGCCUCCAGCCCAACUCCUUCCGGGGCCUGGUCAGCUUGGACCGACUACUGCUGCACCAGAACCGGCUGCAGAGCGUCCCCCGGCUGGCCUUCCAUGACCUGCGCCAGCUGACUCUGCUCUUCCUCUUCAACAACAGCCUCUCCGAGCUGCAGGGGGAGGCCCUGGAGCCCCUGGCCGCCCUGGAAUACCUGCGCCUGAAUGGGAACCCCUGGAGCUGCGAUUGCCGGGCCCGCUCGCUCUGGGACUGGCUGCGCCGCUUCCGGGGCUCCAGCUCCUCCAUCCCCUGCGAGGCCCCCCAGCACUUCCAUGGCCAGGACCUGAAGGAGCUGCCGGCUGACACCUUCCGGGGCUGCUCAGCCUCGGAGUCCCUGCACCAGACCCACGGGCCCCGGCUGCCCCCCAGGGACCACCCGCCCCUCCUCUCUUCCACGGAACAGAGGGAGGGUGCAGCGGGGGGCCACGUCAUCCAGUCUGGGCAGCGCCCUGGAUCCCGCAAGACUCUAAAGAACUGCACCAAGAGCCGCAACCGGAGCAGCCGGCCAGCCUCUCUGGGCCCCUGGAAGAGUGCCGAAGAGGCGCAGGACCUGAAGCACCAGCCCAACCUGGGCCUGCUGCCCAAGCCGAAGGGCAAGUGCCCCCGGGCCCCCGUGCUGCCCCCCAGUGGAGUCCAGCAGGCUGCGGGAGGGGGCCGGAGCUCAGGCGACUGGGCCACGCUGACCUUCCAUGCUGCUGUUCUCGUCUGGACCCUGGCCUUGGUGGUGAUCUUCCGCUGACUGGUCCCACCUGGAGCCAUGCUGACCCUCUGCUCUUGGGCACCAGGGUGUACUCUUUUUCCCUUUGGGAAGGGCUUGGCCGUGUGGGGCAGCCCCUGCCACCGGCCUCACCUCAGCCCAGUUGGCUGCUGUCCAUGGCUACCCAGGCAUGAGAUUGCUCAGUUGGGACUGUCUUGAACCCUGGGUGCGAGUGGUGUGGGGGGUUAGGAGCCCUGCUAGCCCCUGCCUGAUGCCCCAGCUGAGCUCCCACAGAAAGGCAAGGACGUCCCUGCCCCUCCCCAGCCGGCCUGGAGGGGCUCAUCCUGAGCAGGGCGGCAGGCUCUGCCCCUCCCUGGCCUGUCCAUUCUCGGCCUGAGGAGACCAAGCAAGGCCCCGGAGACCCCAGCCACAGCUGCCCAGCCAGAAGGACGCCUGCUCUCUUUCAGCUUCAGUAGGCCGGGGCUCCUGAUGGACGGGAGGACCCCCAUCUCCCCCUUGCUCAGGAUGCAUCUUCAGCCCUGGCAGGAAAGACCAGCUGCCGGCCGGACUCCCCCAGCCCACAGAAAGCCAGGCGGGCUGACUGGUCAGAGGGGGAACCUCAAAAACCUCUUGAGCGAAAGGUGUGUCCGUUCUUUUGUAACCUCUGUGUUCACACAUAAAGUAAAACCGGUGCACAGGUUCCCGUC